CUGUAUGUCAUUUUAAAACAAACACAGUUGCUGAAAGACACUGAUCUGGGUCCCGUUGUGGCAGAAGAGUUGGUUGAGAAGUGCUUCCUCAUCAAGAUUUCACUGAAAGGAAAAAUCCAUCGGGAAGAGAAGAACUGUGGGUUUCUGAGCCCUGCUCCCACAGAAGCUAUGCCGUGAAGUCUCCUGGCCCAGUGACACGCAGCAGGUUGGACGGGGCAACCAUUCUUCUUCUGAGGAGCGGAGGAAGAGAGGAUUCUCUCUCCUUCGGGGUGUUUGAAGGAUGGCUUCCCAGUUUCGUCAACUUCGGAUCCUGGUGUGGAAAAAUUGGCUAGGGGUCAAAAGGCAGCCGCUUUGGACACUUGUCUUAAUCUUAUGGCCAGUCAUUAUUUUCAUAAUUUUGGCUAUUACCCGGACCAAAUUUCCUCCAACAGCAAAACCAACUUGUUACCUGGCACCUCGAAACCUUCCUAGUACUGGAUUCUUCCCAUUCCUACAAACCCUACUCUGUGACACAGACUCUAAAUGCAAAGACACACCCUAUGGGCCUCUAGAUCUGCUCCGGAGGAAAGGGAUCAACGACGCCAUGUUUAAAGACAGUGAAAUUCUGAAAAAGUCACCCAAGCUGGGGAAGGACAGUAAUUUAUCACUCCAGAGCACCCAAGUUCCAGAGAGAAGGCACGCAUCAUUGGCUACGGUAUUUCCUAGUCUGAGUUCUGAUUUGGAAGAUGCUGAAACAGGAACUUUCAAUGGCAGUCUAGUGCUUGCACGGAUCCUUGAUUUGGAAAAGCUAUUAAAGCAGAACUCAACAUCAGAAGAAGUAAGAAGAGAAGUGUGUGAGAGCUAUCCAGGAUACAGUCCACAAUACACCUUCUCUUGGAGCACUCUAGGAAAAAAUGUUUUUAAUAAAUUUUGCCUUUCCAACAUGACCCUUUUAGAGUCUUCUCUUGAGGAACUGAAAAAUCAGUUCUCUCAGAUCUCAAGUGACCCCAACAAUCAGAAGAGAGUGUUCCAGGAAAUAGUCCAAGUGCUGUCCUUCUUCUCACAAGUGCAGGAACAGGCAACCCUGUGGCAGCUCCUCUCUAGCUUUCCAAAUAUGUUUCAGAAUGACACCUCACUCAGCAGUCUAUUUGAUGUUCUUCGAAAGGCAGACAGGGCGCUGCUGGUCCUGCAGAAGGUUUAUCCACGUGUUGAAACUCACGACGGUUUCAGAACCCUUCAGAAGUCUGUUAAGCAUCUGCUCUACACUCUGGACUCCCCAGCUCUAGGUGACUCUGAUAACACAACACACCUGUGGAGUGAUGAUGAUGGACAGACACUGUCCCCAAGCAGUCUGGCUGCUCAGCUUCUUAUCCUGGAAAACUUUGAAGAUGCCAUCUUAAAUAUAUCAUCACAUAGUCCUUAUUUUCCUUACUUGGCCUGCGUGAGAAACGUGACUGACGAUCUGGCCAGGGGCUCAUCAGAAAAUCUGAGGCUUCUGCAGUCCACGAUUCGAUUUAAAAAAUCUUUUCUCCGAAAUGGUUCCUAUGAGGAUUACUUCCCUCCAGUUCCUGAAAUCCUAAAAUCAAAACUGUCUCAACUUCGAAACUUGACCGAACUUCUUUGUGAAUCAGAAACUUUCAAUUCAAUAGAGAAAUCAUGCCAGCUCUCUAAUAUGAGCUUCGGGAGUCUAUGUGAAGACAGUGCAUUUCACGUGCAACUUUUGGAAGCAGCAGAGCUGGGCACAGAAAUAGCAACCAGCUUACUGUACCAUGACAAUAUCAUAUCUGCAAAACUGAGGGAUUUGCUAACUGGGGAUCCGAGCAAAAUUAAUUUAAAUAUGGAUCGGUUCCUGGAACAGGCAUUGCAAAUGAAUUACUUGGAAAAUAUCACACAGUUAAUACCGACCAUAGAGGCCAUGCUGCAUGUCAAUAACAGUGCAGAUGCUUCUGAGCAACCAGAUCAGUUAAUAGAAAUGUUUAGAAAUGUAGAAGAACUGAAGGAAGAACUGAGGAGAAUAACAGUGAUGUCCAAUACAAGCAUCAACAAGUUACUAGCUAUUCCUAUCCCUGAUAACAGAGCUGAGAUUAUUUCUCGGGUGUUCUGGUUGCAUUCUUGUGAUGCCAAUAUCAGCAAUCCCAAACUUGAAGAUGCUAUGAAGGAAUUCUGCAGUCUGCCUCCUCGAGAGAGAUCUCACCAGUCUUACCUCAUUGGGCUCACUCUUCUGCACUACUUGGACAUUUACAACUUCACAUAUAAGGUGUUUUUCCCUAGGAAAGAUCAAAAACCAGUAGAAAAGAUGAUAGAACUCUUCAUAAGACUGAAAGAGAUUCUCAAUCAGAUGGCUUCCGGCACACAUCCGCUGCUAGACAAAAUGAAAUCCCUGAAACAAAUCCAUCUGCCCAGAAGCACUCCAUUAACACAGGGAAUGUACAGAAGCAAUCGAGUGAAUACACCCCAAGGAUCAUUUAGUACCAUCUCCCAGGCAUUGUGUUCCCAAGGAAUUACCACUGACUACUUGACUGCUAUGUUACCCUCUUCCCAGAGGCCAAAAGGCAACCACACCAAGGACUUUUUGACUUAUAAAUUAAGUAAAGAGCAAAUUGCUGAAAAAUAUGGAAUUCCCUUACAUACCACUCCAUUUUGCUUUUCCCUUUACAAAGACAUCAUUAAUAUGCCUGCUGGACCUGUGAUUUGGGCUUUCUUGAAACCCAUGUUGUUGGGAAGGAUUUUAUAUGCACCAUAUAACCCGGUCACACAAGCCAUAAUGGAAAAGUCUAAUGUAACACUGAGGCAGCUGGCGGAAUUAAGAAAAUCUCAAGAGUGGAUGGAUAAGUCACCAAUUUUCAUGAAUUCCUUCAACUUGUUGAACCAGGCAAUUCCAAUGCUCCAGAAUACUUUAAGGAACCCCUUUGUGCAAGUUUUUGUCAAGUUCUCCGUGGGACUUGAUGCUGUUGAGCUACUAAAACAGAUAGAUGAACUUGAUGUUCUCAGGCUGAAAUUAGAGAACAACAUUGACAUCAUUGAUCAGCUUAACACCCUCUCUUCCCUGACAGUAAAUAUUUCCUCUUGUGUGUUAUAUGACCGUAUUCAGGGAUCAAAAACCAUAGAUGAAAUGGAGAGAGAGGCCAAAAGGCUCUACAAAAGCAAUGAACUCUUUGGAAGUGUUAUUUUUAAGCUUCCUUCUAACAGAAGCCAGCAUAGAGGCUAUGAUUCUGAAAAUGUCUCUCUUCCUCCUGUCGUAAAAUAUACCAUCCGCAUGAGCCUCAAGACCGCCCAGACCACCAGGAGCAUAAGAACCAAGAUUUGGGCCCCAGGGCCACACAAUUCUCCAUCACACAACCAGAUCUAUGGCAGGGCCUUCAUUUAUUUACAGGAUAGUAUUGAAAGAGCAAUCAUUGAAUUGCAAACAGGAAGGAACUCACAGGAAAUAGCUGUCCAGGUCCAAGCGAUUCCUUAUCCCUGCUUCAUGAAGGACAACUUCCUAACCAGUGUCUCUUAUUCUCUUCCAAUUGUGCUCAUGGUUGCCUGGGUUGUAUUUAUAGCUGCUUUUGUAAAAAAGCUUGUUUAUGAGAAAGACCUCCGGCUUCAUGAGUACAUGAAGAUGAUGGGUGUGAACUCCUGCAGUCAUUUUUUUGCCUGGCUUAUAGAGAGUGUUGGAUUCUUACUGGUUACCAUCACCAUUCUCAUCAUUAUACUCAAGUUUGGCAACAUUCUUCCUAAAACAAAUGGGUUCAUUUUGUUCCUGUAUUUUUCGGACUACAGCUUCUCCGUUAUUGCCAUGAGCUAUCUUAUCAGUGUCUUCUUCAACAACACCAACAUUGCAGCUCUGAUUGGAAGCCUCAUCUACGUCAUUGCUUUCUUUCCAUUUAUUGUUCUGAUUACAGUUGAGGAUGAGUUGAGCUAUGUAGUGAAAGUAUUUGUGAGCCUGCUGUCCCCAACAGCAUUCAGCUAUGCAAGUCAAUAUAUUGCACGCUAUGAAGAGCAAGGUGUUGGUCUUCAGUGGGAAAAUAUGUAUAGUUCCCCUGUCCAGGAUGAUACCACCUCAUUUGGCUGGCUGUGCUGUCUAAUCCUUGCUGACUCUUUCAUUUAUUUCCUCAUUGCUUGGUAUGUCAGGAAUGUUUUCCCAGGGACAUACGGUAUGGCAGCUCCUUGGUAUUUUCCAAUCCUUCCUUCCUACUGGAAGGAGCGAUUUGGCUGUGCAGAGGUGAAGCAUGAGAAAAGCAAUGGUCUUAUGUUCACCAACAUCAUGAUGCAGAACACCAACCCAUCUGCCAGUAAGACAAGUCCUGAAUACAUGUUACCCUCCAACAUUGAGCCAGAACCUAAAGAUCUCCCAGUAGGAGUUGCCCUGCACGGAGUCACAAAGAUCUAUGGCUCCAAAGUUGCUGUUGAUAACCUCAAUCUGAACUUUUAUGAAGGGCACAUUACUUCAUUGCUGGGGCCCAAUGGAGCUGGAAAAACCACUACCAUCUCCAUGUUGACUGGACUGUUUGGUGCCUCAGCAGGCACCAUCUUUGUGUAUGGAAAAGAUAUUAAAACAGACCUUGACUCUGUUCGGAAGAACAUGGGGGUCUGCAUGCAGCACGAUGUCCUGUUCAGUUACCUCACUACUAAAGAACACCUUCUCUUAUAUGGCUCCAUCAAAGUUCCUCACUGGACUAAAAAGCAACUCCACGAGGAAGUAAAAAGGACUUUAAAGGACACUGGACUGUAUAGCCAUCGUCAUAAGAGAGUUGGAACGUUGUCAGGAGGAAUGAAGAGGAAGCUGUCGAUAUCCAUAGCUCUCAUCGGUGGAUCCAGAGUAGUAAUUUUGGAUGAACCAUCCACAGGGGUUGAUCCCUGUUCUCGUCGAAGUAUAUGGGAUGUGAUAUCCAAGAACAAAACUGCCAGAACAAUCAUUCUGUCGACGCACCACUUGGAUGAGGCUGAAGUGCUGAGUGACCGCAUCGCUUUCCUGGAGCAGGGUGGGCUCCGGUGCUGUGGGUCGCCGUUUUACCUCAAGGAGGCUUUUGGGGAUGGAUAUCACCUCACGCUCACCAAGAAGAAGAGUCCAAAUCUAGACGCAAAUGCGAUGUGUAACACCAUGGCUGUGACAGCAAUGAUCCAGUCGCACCUCCCAGAAGCCUACCUCAAGGAGGACAUCGGAGGCGAGCUUGUUUAUGUGCUCCCUCCCUUCAGCACCAAAGUCUCAGGAGCCUACCUGUCGCUCCUGAGAGCGCUGGACCAGGGCAUGGGCGACCUCAACAUCGGGUGCUACGGCAUUUCAGACACCACCGUAGAAGAGGUCUUUCUGAACUUGACUAAGGAGUCACAAAAAAAUAGUGCUAUGAGUCUUGAGCACCUAACUCAAAAGAAAAUUGGGAAUUCCAGUACCAAUGGCAUCUCCACUCCUGAUGAUUUAUCUGUGAGCAGUAGCAACUUCACAGACAGAGAUGACAAAGUCCUGACAAGAGGAGAGAGGCUGGAUGGUUUUGGACUGCUAAUGAAGAAGAUCCUAGCUAUUCUCAUAAAGAGGUUCCACCACACCCGCAGGAACUGGAAAGGCCUCAUUGCCCAGGUUGUUCUUCCCAUUGUCUUUGUGACCACUGCCAUGGGCCUGGGCACGCUGAGAGAUUCCAGCAACAGUUAUCCAGAGAUCCAGAUCUCCCCCUCUCUCUAUGGUACCCAUGAACAGACCGCCUUCUAUGCGAAUUCUCACCCAAGCACAAAAGGACUAGUCUCAGCAAUGUGGGAUUUCCCGGGCAUUGACAAUGUGUGUCUGAACGCCAGUGAUUCACGGUGUUUAAAGAAAGACAAUCUGGAAAGAUGGAACACCAGUGGAGAACCUAUUACUAAUUUUGGUGUUUGUUCCUGCUCAGAAAAUGUCCAGGAAUGUCCUAAAUUUAACUAUUCUCCACCUCAUAGAAGAACUUAUUCUUCUCAAGUAAUUUAUAAUCUCACUGGGCACCACAUGGAAAAUUAUCUUAUAUCGACUGCCAAUCAGUUUGUCCAAAAAAGAUAUGGAGGUUGGAGUUUUGGACUGCGUUUGACUAAUGACCUUCGUUUUGAUAUAACAGCAGUUCCUGCCAAUAGAACACUUGCCAAGGUGUGGUAUGAUCCAGAAGGCUAUCAUUCCCUUCCAGCUUACCUCAACAGCCUGAAUAAUUUCCUCCUUCGAGUUAACAUGUCAAACUAUGAUGCUGCCCGGCAUGGCAUCAUCAUGUACAGCCAUCCUUAUCCAGGCGUGCAAGACCAGGAGCAAGCCACAAUCAGCAGUUUAAUCGAUAUUUUAGUGGCACUGUCCAUCCUGAUGGGUUAUUCUGUCACCACCGCCAGCUUUGUCACCUAUGUUGUAAGGGAACAUCAGACCAAAGCCAAGCAGUUGCAGCACAUUUCGGGCAUUGGUGUGACGUGCUACUGGGUAACAAACUUCAUUUAUGAUAUGGUCUUCUACUUGGUCCCUGUAGCAUUUUCAAUUGGUGUCAUUGCAAUUUUCAAGUUACCUGCCUUCUACAGUGAAAGCAACCUAGGCGCUGUUUCUCUCCUCCUUCUGCUGUUCGGGUAUGCCACAUUUUCUUGGAUGUACUUGCUGGCUGGUCUCUUUCAUGAAACAGGAAUGGCCUUCAUCACUUACGUCUGCGUCAACCUGUUUUUUGGCAUCAAUUCCAUUGUUUCCCUGUCGGUGGUUUACUUCCUAUCCAAGGAAAAGCCUAAUGAUCCGACUUUAGAACUUAUUUCUGAAACCCUCAAGCGAAUUUUCCUGAUUUUUCCGCAAUUCUGUUUUGGCUACGGUUUGAUUGAACUAUCACAACAACAGUCAGUUCUGGACUUCUUAAAAGCAUAUGGAGUACAAUACCCAAGCGAAACCUUUGAAAUGGAUAAACUCGGUGCGAUGUUUGUGGCUUUGGUCUCCCAGGGCACCAUGUUUUUCCUCUUGCGACUUUUAAUCAAUGAAUGGCUAAUAAAGAAGCUCAGACUCUUCUUCAGAAAAUUUAGUUCCUCACCUGUGGCAGAGACAAUAGAUGAAGAUGAAGAUGUGCGGGCUGAGAGACUGAGGGUGGAGAGUGGAGCAGCUGAGUUUGACCUGGUCCAGCUCCAUCGUCUCACAAAGACCUACCAACUCAUCCACAAAAAGAUUAUUGCUGUAAACAACAUAAGCAUUGGGAUACCCGCUGGAGAGUGCUUUGGCCUUCUUGGGGUGAACGGAGCAGGGAAGACCACCAUAUUCAAGAUGCUGACUGGGGACAUCAUUCCUUCCAGUGGAAACAUUCUGAUAAGAAAUAAGACUGGAUCACUGGGUCAUGUGGAUUCUCACAGCUCAUUAGUUGGCUACUGCCCUCAGGAAGAUGCCUUAGAUGACCUGGUGACUGUGGAAGAACAUCUGUAUUUCUAUGCCAGGGUGCACGGAAUUCCAGAAAAUGAUAUUAAAGAAACUGUUCAUAAACUCCUUAGGAGACUUCACUUGAUGCCCUACAAGGACAGAGCUACCUCUAUGUGCAGUUAUGGCACAAAAAGAAAAUUAUCCACCGCACUGGCCUUGAUAGGAAAGCCUUCCAUUCUACUCCUGGAUGAGCCGAGCUCUGGGAUGGAUCCUAAGUCGAAACGGCACCUCUGGAAGAUCAUUUCAGAAGAGGUACAGAACAAAUGUUCUGUCAUCCUCACAUCUCACAGCAUGGAGGAAUGUGAAGCUCUCUGUACCAGGCUGGCCAUUAUGGUAAACGGGAGAUUCCAAUGCAUAGGAUCUUUGCAGCACAUAAAAAGCAGGUUUGGACGUGGAUUUACUGUCAAGGUUCACUUGAAGAAUAACAAAGUGAGCAUGGAGACCCUCACGAGGUUCAUGCAGCUCCAUUUUCCAAAAACGUACUUAAAGGAUCAGCACCUUAGCAUGUUAGAGUAUCAUGUGCCAGUCACAGCAGGUGGAGUAGCAAACAUUUUCGAUCUGCUGGAAACCAACAAGGCUGCUUUAAAUAUCACGAAUUUCCUAGUGAGUCAGACCACUCUGGAAGAGGUUUUCAUCAACUUUGCCAAAGACCAAAAGUCCUAUGUAAAUGCUGAUACCAGUAGCCAAGGUUCCACCGUAAGUUUAGACUCACAGGAUGACCGGAUAGAGUCUUAGUAGAUCUGCAACACAUUCAAUUUCAGCAAAUGGCCAAUGGAUGCAUUUUGAAGAAGACAUCAAAUCCCUUCCUCGAAAUCUCCUCAUUUGAAAGUGUUAUACUGUACAGCAGUUGCCAUUGUGUUAGAAUUACAAGUUAUAAAUGAAAAGAUUUUUUUCUGAGGUUAGCGAAUGUUAUUGAUACAGGAACGGAAUUCUGUAUUCUCAACACUGUGAGCAAAACGUAUGCGUUCUUAUGCGAAGGUGAGACCACCUGUUGAUGAAUGUCUUAAUUUAUUACUUUCAAUAAAAAAAGAUAGCUUAAAGGCAUGUAUAUUAGUAGCUGAAAAGUAAGAGUGAAGAAGAAGAGGAAGGUGGAUUGGGGUAGGUUGGGUUGGGUGAACGAACAAAAUAAUUUAUUUCUAGAAAAUAACAGAAUGCACAUCAUCACGAAUGACUCCACUGUGAUGUGUCAAGUGCUAAAGGCCCAAUUAACACUGGCAGUAGGCCAUAGGCACAGUGUCUACAGGUGUGUGUGUGUGUGUGUGUGUGUGUGUGUGUGUGUGUGUGAUGUAGUACAAUUGGGGACAUACUGAACCCAAAGAAAUGCUUUCUACAAGAGUGCCAUAAAGGGGGCAGCUUACCCUGGUGGUAAGCAGAACUUCCUUCCUGUCCUGCCUUGCCAAUCAUAAGGCACAGGUAGAGCCAGAAACUAAUUGAUCUUCAGGUGGGAAGUAGGUGCAUCAGAUGAGCAAAUACAAACCCUGAAAACUGAUUAAGAGUUCAUGUGCUGCUGGCAGGCGACAUUUUUAAAACUCUUACAGAAACCCUCAUAUCCCAUGUUUCUCCUCAGGAAACGUUUCUGUGGAGGGAAAAUGAAUAUGAACAUAAUUUUCAGCUAAUUUCCCUGCUGACCCAGAAUUGUGUGGCUUUGGAUAGACUUCUUAAUAAUGCCAAGUUCUGAAACCCUCACAGAAGGUGCUUUAUGAACCGUGCGUGUGUGUGUGUGUGGUAUGUGUGUAUGUGUGUACACAUGCUUGUGUGUGUAUGUACAAGUUUUCCAUUUUUGGCACAAUUGUUUCUGUUUCAAAUACCAAUAAACUCCAAGUUUAGGAAAAAAACCAUUCAUGAUGUCAUUUCGUUUAU